CCCCCUCUGAUUCCUCCUUACUGACAGAGCACAGAGCAGGGUGCGUUUGAUUUUGUCUCAGAGCAGGAUGUGUUGUGUUGUGAAGCAGACAGUGCUGCUGCUGCUGCUGGCAGCAAUCGGCUGCAAUGCAGCGCCGGCCGCCGACGAAUGUGAAGGUCUGCAUAAAACUCUGCCAGCGAAGGACCUGCACACGAUUUUCGGGGACUGGGUUCUGGUCUGGUCCGUCUGUGACCAUCAGCAAGGCUGGGACCUGUUGCCAAAUGUUUCCAGCUCACACGUGGAGCUCCGGCUCCUGCCCGACAAUACAACCAUCAUGUUCAAUGAGAGGAACGUGUACAUUGAUGGGUCAUGUUCCAACUUCAUCAUCAACAUGUCCAUGCCCUCUGAUCCCACUUCUGACGAGCACCACCCACUGAACACCAUCGCUGCCACGGUGGAGAAGGACGGAGUCGUUCAACCGUACAACGACUCAGGUGUAGUGGACGUGUAUGAGAGCUGCCCAGACUGUCUGACAGCCGUCUACAAGAGCAUCCACGGUCGAUACCUGCUGAGCUACAGGAGGGAGGGGCAUCAUUCGGAUGUGGAGCAGUUGAAAGCCGCCCACAGUGACCACAGGAAACAGGCCGAGUGUCUGGGAUUCCCUCAUGACAAAGCGUUCAGCUACGACGGCGCCGCAGAUUUUUGUCAUAAGAAGUCUUCUCCAGAGGCCAAGCAGGAAGAAUUCCUCCUUACUGACAGAGCACAGAGCAGGGUGCGUUUGAUUUUGUCUCAGAGCAGGAUGUGUUGUGUUGUGAAGCAGACAGUGCUGCUGCUGCUGCUGGCAGCGAUCGGCUGCAAUGCAGCGCCGGCCGCCGACGAAUGUGAAGGUCUGCAUAAAACUCUGCCAGCGAAGGACCUGCACACGAUUUUUGGAGACUGGGUUCUGGUCUGGUCUGUCUCUGACCAUCAGCAAGGCUCGGACCUGUUGCAAAAUCUUUCCAGCUCACACGUGGAGCUCCGGCUCCUGCCCGACAAUACAACCAUCAUGUUCAACGAGAGGAACAUGUUCAUUGAUGGGUCAUGUACCAACUUCAUCAUCAACAUGUCCAUGCCCUCUGAUCCCACUUCUGACGAGCACCACCAACUGAAGGUCAUCGCUGCCACGUUGGAGAAGGACGGAGUCGUUCAACCGCACAACGACUCAGGUGUAGUGGACGUGUAUGAGAGCUGCCCAGACUGUCUGACAGCCGUCUGCAAGGGCAUCGGCAUCCACAGUCGAUACCUGCUGAGCUACAGGAGGGAGGGGCAUCAUUCGGAUGUGGAGCAGUUGAAAGCCGCCCACAGUGACAACAGGAAACAGGCCGAGUGUCUGGGAUUCCCUCAUGACAAAGCGUUCAGCUACGACGGCGCCGCAGAUUUUUGUCAUAAGAAGUCUUCUCCAGAGGCCAAGCAGGAAGAGUCCUGAGAGGAGAUGAUCAACGUGCUGAACCACGAAGUGACGAUGUCUGGGAGAAAAGUCAUUCACAAAUAAAAUAAAAACAGAUACUGAA